AAAAAAAAAAAAAAAAAAAAAAAUCUUUGCUAGCUGCGGCCUUUGUGUGGCCUCUCGUCCCUCGUUAUCUUCUUCCUCCCCCUAAAAUCCCCGUUUAUUCCCCCAAAAACCCUAAUUCCCCUAAUUCUGAUAAAAAUCUCGUCUUUGAGCUCCUCUCGGUCCUAUUCUCACCACUCCGAGUCGAUGAGAUUUCGCGAUUCGAGCUUCAUACUUAGAGAUGGCAUCAGCGCCGUUUAUGUCAGUGUCUGUGGCAGUGGAGAGUGUGAAUCUUUGCAAGCUUUCUAAAGGAGAGAGAACCAGUGUAAUGUACGAAUGCAGUGUUCUUUCUUGUGCUUGGAAGGCGCCUAGGGUUUUGACCGGGUCGCUUGCCAGCACUCCUUUGCCUCAGUGCUCCUUGAGUCAGCAUGAAGACCGGCGGCCAAGGAGAGCAACUUGGCUGAACGUUGGGAAUAGUCUGAGCACAUGGAGACGUGAUGACCUUAAAUCUGGGAAUAUAAACUAUGGAGAAACUGCUGAUUAUGCAGUCCCUGGAAGAUAUGUCAAGCAACAUUACACUCUUGUUUAUAACAAAAAAUGGGAGAUUUACUGUUAUCCAUUCUCAGAAUCAUCUGUAGAAAUUUCAACUGACUCGCUCUGGGAGGAUCUGAAACCUGCAAUUUCAUAUCUUGCUCCUGAGGAGUUGACGUUAGUGAAUGAUGCUCUAAAGCUGGCCUUUGAAGCACACAAUGGUCAGAAGAGACGAAGCGGGGAGCCUUUCAUCAUUCAUCCAGUUGAAGUUGCACGCAUUCUUGGAGAACUUGAGCUGGACUGGGAGUCUAUUGCUGCUGGUUUAUUGCAUGACACAGUUGAAGACACUAGCGUCACAUUUGAAAGAAUAGAGAAAGAAUUUGGUGCUACAGUGAGGCACAUUGUUGAAGGAGAAACAAAGGUUUCUAAGCUGGGUAAACUCAAGUGUAAAGAUGUGGAUAAUUCAGCACAGGAUGUGAAAGCUAAUGAUUUGAGGCAAAUGUUCCUUGCCAUGACAGAAGAGGUACGGGUUAUAAUUGUCAAACUUGCGGACCGGUUACAUAACAUGCGUACUCUCUCACAUAUGCCUCAGCACAAGCAAUCUAGCAUUGCGUUGGAGACCUUGCAAGUGUUUGCCCCUUUAGCAAAGCUUCUUGGGAUGUACCAGAUCAAGUCAGAGCUGGAGUAUCUGUCUUUUAUGUAUGCAAAUGCAUAUGAUUUUAUUGAGCUCAAGAGAAGAGUUGAGGGUCUAUAUAAGGAGCAUGAGAAGGAACUUCUGGAGGCAAAGAAAAUCUUGGAGCAGAGGAUUGAGAAGGAUCAGUUUUUAGAGCUUGUGACUGUAAAGACAGAAGUGCGUACUGUGUGUAAGGAGCUAUACAGUAUAUACAGAGCUAUGCUGAAAUCAAAAAGUUCUAUUAAGGAGGUCAAUCAAAUUGCACAGCUUCGAAUCAUAAUAAAACCUAAGGCAUGCGUCGGAGUUGGACCUUUAUGCAAUGCAGAACAGAUUUGCUACCAUGUUCUUGGUCUUGUUCAUGGAAUUUGGACACCAAUACCUCGAGCUAUGAAGGAUUACAUAGCAACUCCAAAACCUAAUGGUUAUCAAAGCCUUCACACCACUGUGAUACCCUUUCUAUAUGAAAGCAUGUUCCGGUUAGAAGUUCAGAUAAGAACUGAAGAUAUGGAUAUCAUAGCCGAAAGGGGUAUUGCUGCUCACUAUAAUGGAAGAGGGGCUGUUUCUAGUAUGGUUGGACAUGGACUGUCUGAUGGGAGAAGUUCAAAGUCAAAGACAAUCUGUUUGAAUAAUACAGAUAUUGCUCUCAGGAUUGGCUGGCUCAAUGCUAUCAGGGAAUGGCAAGAGGAAUUUGUUGGUAACAUGAGUUCCAGGGAGUUUGUUGAUACAGUCAAGAGGGAUUUGUUGGGCAGCCGAGUCUUUGUUUUUACGCCUAAAGGAGAGAUAAGGAACCUACCGAAAGGAGCCACUGUGAUAGAUUAUGCAUAUCUGAUACAUACUGAGAUUGGCAACAAAAUGGUUGCAGCAAAGGUCAAUGGGAAUCUUGUUUCACCUAUGCAUGUCCUUGCAAAUGCUGAAGUUGUUGAGAUAAUAACAUAUAAUGCAUUAUCAAGCAAGUCAUCUUUUCAGCGGCAUCAACAAUGGUUGCAACAUGCAAAGACUCGAAGUGCCAGGCACAAGAUUAUGAAGUUCUUGCGGGAACAAGCUGCACUUUCUGCUUCUGAAAUAACUGCGGAUACAGUAAACAACUUUGUCGCGGAUCUUGAGGAUGAGAACAAUUAUGAAUUGCAAAUUUCCCCAUCUCGUAAUGGAAGAAAGCCCAUCUGGGAUAAGAUACUUAGGAGUGUUGAUGAAUUGUCUACGACGAAUUGGAGCCAUGACAGCCUCAUACAUGUUCAGAACACUACUGGCAUGCCUAAGGUCAAUGGGAAACACAAUAAAAAUGUGCAGAAAAUGAGUCAUAAGGUUAAUGGGCACUCAAAUAUCAGGAGUGAUGGUAUUGCUGAGAUCAUUCAUGCCAACAUUCCUAUGUAUAAGGAAGUUUUACCUGGUUUGGAGAGCUGGAAAGCUGGCAAAAUCGCUUCCUGGCAUAGUGUGGAAGGACAUUCAAUUCAAUGGUUUUGCGUCAUAUGCAUUGAUCGAAGAGGUAUGAUGGCUGAGGUUACAUCAGCAUUGACAGCCGUUGGAUUAAUGAUAUGCUCGUGCGUGGCAGAGAUUGAUAGAAGAAAAGGGAUGGGAGUUUUGUUGCUUCAAAUAGAAGGAACCGAAGAAAAUCUGGUAAAUGCAUGCUCAAGUGUGGAUGUAAUCCUUGGUGUUCUUGGCUGGUCUGCUGGUUGUAGCUGGUCCAAUUCGACAGAUGACCACAACUUCCUUGAAUGCUGAAUUAAUUGAUCGUGGCCACCAUUUUCAUGUUCAACAGCAGGUGCAGAGGGGUAACUCUGCUUGUAAUUACUAGUUUUGUAAUCUAGGGAGGUUUAUGUUAAAUAGAGUUCAGAUAGGGUGUUUUAACUUAUUUGUUGAAGCUUAUGUGAAAUAAACCAGCAGUAGCCAAGUGAGCUAGUGUCUGCGGUGAGAGGAAUGUAUAUAGAGAUAAGAGGGGACUUUACAGGACUUACUGAGAAUAUACCAGCCUCAGACUACAGGAUGUUAGGGGGCUUCUUUUUGAAAUACAGUGAAGUUGGUUCUAUAAUUUAGCGUUCCUAUAAUAAGGUACGUUCAUAUUUUCCCCCCUAUUUUUUUCA